UAUUGAAAAAGGUGACGUUGGUGACAGAAGAAGAACGAGAAUGAUUACUUAUCCAUAACUCCCAGCAGUAUGUCAGGGUAUAUACCCAGUUACUUAGACAAGGAUGAGCUAUGUGUAGUGUGUGGGGACAAAGCCACCGGAUAUCAUUAUCGCUGCAUCACUUGUGAAGGUUGCAAGGGUUUUUUUAGAAGAACCAUUCAGAAAAACCUCCAUCCAACCUAUUCCUGUAAAUAUGAAGGAAAAUGUGUGAUAGACAAAGUAACAAGAAACCAGUGCCAGGAAUGUCGCUUCAAAAAAUGUAUCUUUGUUGGCAUGGCAACAGAUUUGGUGUUGGAUGACAGCAAGCGGUUGGCGAAGAGGAAGCUGAUAGAAGAAAAUCGUGAGAAGAGGCGCCGGGAAGAGCUGCAGAAAACCAUCGGGCACAAACCAGAGCCAACAGAUGAGGAAUGGGAGCUGAUCAAAAUUGUUACCGAAGCACAUGUGGCCACCAAUGCACAAGGAAGCCACUGGAAGCAGAAAAGGAAAUUUCUGCCAGAAGACAUUGGACAAGCACCAAUAGUCAAUGCCCCAGAAGGAGGGAAAGUGGAUUUAGAAGCCUUCAGCCAGUUUACAAAAAUUAUCACACCAGCGAUUACAAGAGUGGUGGAUUUUGCCAAAAAGUUGCCUAUGUUUUGUGAGCUGCCAUGUGAAGACCAGAUCAUCCUUCUGAAAGGCUGCUGUAUGGAGAUCAUGUCGCUCCGUGCAGCAGUUCGCUAUGACCCUGAGAGUGAGACUUUAACACUGAAUGGGGAGAUCGCGGUGACAAGGGGCCAGCUGAAAAAUGGAGGUCUUGGAGUGGUAUCCGAUGCCAUUUUUGACCUGGGCAUGUCUCUCUCAUCAUUUAACCUGGAUGACACCGAGGUUGCUCUUCUUCAGGCUGUUCUGCUCAUGUCAUCAGAUCGACCGGGUCUUGUAUGCGUUGAAAGGAUAGAAAAGUGCCAAGAGGGUUUCCUCCUGGCGUUCGAACACUACAUUAACUACAGAAAACACCACGUUGCACACUUUUGGCCAAAACUGCUGAUGAAAGUGACAGACCUGCGGAUGAUCGGAGCCUGCCACGCCAGCCGCUUCCUGCACAUGAAGGUGGAGUGUCCCCACGAACUCUUC